CAAGCUCAGUAGCUCGCAUUCCCACUCACACAGUCACACGACGAACACAUCCCAAGAACAGAAAAGAAAUCGAAGAUGAGCGUGGAGAUCCUGGACGGGAGCACGGUCCGGAGCUUCGUGGAGGACGAGGGCGCCUUCAACUCCUCCGUGGACGGCCGGUUCGCCGCGCUGGACGCCGACCACGACGGCCUGCUCUCAUACGAGGAGAUGGCCGGGGAGCUCAUGAGCCUCAGGGUCCUCGAGAAGCACUUCGGCGUGGACGAGGCAGCUCUGGAGCCGGAUGAGCUCGCCAUGCUCUACCGAGGCCUGUUCGCGCGGUUCGACAGGGACGGCAGCGGAGACGUGGACCGGAACGAGUUCCGGGCGGAGAUGAAGGAGGUGAUGCUCGCCGUGGCCAACGGGCUCGGCUUCCUCCCCGUGCAGAUGGUCGUCGAGGAGGGCAGCUUCCUCAAGAUCGCCGUCGACAGGGAGCUCGGACAGCUCGCCAAAGCUGCAUAAAGCUCACACAGUCACCUGGACAUGGACUGAUGGAUCACUACUCGCUCGGAGUAGUAUAGAUUACUAAAUUUUGAAGUGUCGUAAUUGCAAUUUUUACAUCGAGUUACAGUGUUACUACGAAAAUAUGUAGUGUAUUUCAUCCAUGUUGUUUAUUUCAUUACCCAAGGAUAUCAUACAUGUAAUUGCAAGAAUAAUUUAUUGGAAGAGAAUUGCUCCGAUUAUUUC